AUGGACGGACCGGGUGAAAUAAUAACAAUCUUCAUAGGCCAAGCUGGCACGCAACUGGCGAGCGCCUGUUGGGAGUUAUUUUGCUUGGAACACGGUGUAACGCCAGCGGGAUGUCUUCGUCAAGGAUAUUACCCCGUGGACACCUCCAUGUGCACUUUCUUCGCGGAGACACAAAUAAGAAAGAUGACUCCACGCACGUUGAUCGUCGAUCUAGAGCCCACGGCGAUCGACGAGAUUAGAUGCGGUGCCUACAAGAAACUCUUCAACCCGCAAUCGUUGAUCUCCGGAAAGGAAGAUGCGUCGAACAACUACGCGAGAGGCUACUAUUCCCUCGGUAGAGAGGCGAUCGAUCUCGUAUUAAAUCGCGUUUGUAGAAUAUGGGAGACUUGCUCCAAGCCAGCUGGUUUCAUCGUUUUCAGGUCUCUGAGCGGUGGUACCGGAAGUGGGUUCGCCACGCUGCUACUACAAAAUCUGAACCGCGAUUACCCGAAGCAGAUCACCUUAGAUUUUGUCCUCUACCCAUCUCCUAAUAUCUCCACCGUUAUCGUGGAACCUUACAACGCAGUUUUUACUACUCAUGGUACUCUGGAGCACGUGGACUGUUGUUUUCUCUUCGACAACGAAGCUUUGUAUAAUAUCUGUUCCAGGAAUUUGGACGUGGACGAUCCAACUUAUACGAACUUAAAUCGAAUGGAGGCUCAAGUGGUCUCUAGCGUGACUGCCUCGAUGAGAUUCGAAGGCGCUGUGAACCUCAGUCUUAAUGAAUUGCAAACUAAUCUGGUACCAUAUCCUAGGAUUCACUUCUGUCUAGCCACUUACGCACCUUUGGUCUCUCCUAGGAGAGCUAUGCACUCAGAGAUCACCACUCGACAAAUUACCUACGACUGUUUCGAGCCUGCUAACCAGAUGGUGACGUGUGAUCCACGAACCGGCGCAUACACGAGUUGCUGCUUGCUGUAUCGCGGAGACGUAAGUCCAAACGACGUGAACAGGACAAUAGCGUCGCUGAAGGGGAAGAAGUCUAUACGUUUCGUCACUUGGAGUCCAACUGGGUUCAAGGUAGGGAUUAACUAUCAGCCUACUACGACGGUGCCUGGAGGAGAUUUAGCUAAAUCAACAAGAACCGUGGUAAUGGCAAGCAAUAAUACAGCUAUCAGACACAGAUGGACGAUGCUUGCAAGGAAAUUCGACCUCAUGUUCCAGAAGAGAGCCUUCGUUCAUCAUUACGUAGGCGAAGGUAUGGAGGAAGGCUUCUUUCAGGAAGCUCGUGACAACAUGGCGGCUUUGGUCGACGAUUAUAGAGAGGUCGAGAGGUGA